AUGUCUGAGACUGCGCCGCCCGCUCCAGUUGCUACCACUCCCCCCGAGAAGCCUUCAGCUAGCAAAAAAGCGAAGAAGCCUGUGCAGGCUGUAGCAGCCGCCAAGAAAAAACCCGCGGGUCCUUCAGUUUCGGAGUUGAUUGUGCAGGCCGUUUCCUCGUCUAAGGAGCGCAGCGGCGUGUCCCUGGCUGCGCUCAAAAAGGCUCUGGCAGCCGUCGGCUACGAUGUGGAGAAGAACAACAGCCGUAUCAAGCUGGGCCUUAAGAGCCUGGUGAGCAAAGGCACCCUGGUGCAGACCAAGGGCACCGGCGCCUCCGGCUCUUUCAAGCUCAACAAGAAAGUAGCCUCCGUGGAUACCAAGCCCAGCGCUGCAAAGGUGGCCGUGAAAGCCAAGGUAAUUAGCGCUUCUAAGAAGCCCAAGAAGACCACUGGGGUGGCGGCUGCUAAGAAAAGUGUCAAAACGCCGAAAAAGGCUAAAAAACCUGCGGUAACAAAGAAGAGUCCCAAGAAGGCCAAGGUUGUGAAGCCUAAGAAAGUAGCUAAGAGCCCUGCCAAAGCUAAGGCUGUGAAACCCAAGGCGGCUAAAGCAAAGGUGACCAAGCCAAAGACUACUACCAAGCCUAAGAAAGCAGCACCCAAGAAGAAGUGA